GCCGGACAAGCUGGAGGAGAGCUGCACAAGACUUGAUUGGAAUCAAACUUGAGACCACCUUGUCAAUUUCCGCACAAAUCAUAGGUGUGCUUUGUCUCCCUCCUUAAAGGGAGUUGUACUCGUCCAAAUGAUGUGUAUAAGGUGUCCUUGGAUAGCCUUUGAAGUAUACUUUCAUUAUUGAGUAGUUGCGGAUCAAGAAGAGAGAGCUUUACCGACAAUAAUCGAGGUUGAGUGAACCGCUGCGUAUAAACUCGAGCAGUGGGAGUACUGGUGUUGUUUGGUUCAUAUCUCGAGUUAUACUAAUCCAAAUCAGGUGUGUGAGGUACCUGCGGAUAGAUCUCAAGACUAGGAAUCCGGGAAGGUCUGGUUUGCAUCAAUCGGAGUAGUGAAAGGCUUCCAAAUCGUCCGAGAAAAACACAACCUCGCAGAAACGGAUCUACUCUUCUAAAGUUAGAUACUAACCUAGAGCAAAUCAUGGAAAAACUAGGAAACGUGUUCGCCGGAAAACACCCAUUCUAGGGGCUGUUUUCGUAUCAACGGAUAGGGGUUGAGCUAUCACUUUGGGGAGUCUGUUUAACACUCAUUUUUAAGCAAGGAAUCAGUUCUUAAUCCACCUUGGCUGAGGCUUUGGUCAUUGGAUCGAGAAGGGAAGUUUUAAAGCUCAUUUGAGGUUGAGGCUAGAGCUUGCUUCCUGUGCUCGUUGAUCGAGUGAUUUCCCGGAGAGAAAACUUGAAAUGGACCGUGGUGGCAAGGUUACUAGGAGAAACCUGACGGGCCGUGCACCGGUGGAGACUGGGCAGGGCAGUCGUAGGACCUCUAGGGCAUCUAGAGGAGCGGGCCGUGGAGGCCGAUCACAGACCGUGAGCGACGGUCAUGUGAACAUCGAGAGUGAGAACUACUGGUCCCAUGAGGACUCGACAUAUCAACUGGAAACCGAGCCAGUUGAGACCCCUUAUGAAGGGGAUGAUGAUGAUGUAAGCAAUGAAGAGGAGGGAAACGACUCCUUAGCACGAAUUGAAGCGCUACUCCAACGGUAUCGCCGUGAGCGUGAGGAAAGGAGGGAACGCCGAGGGCGCCGAGCUGAGCAACCUUCGGGCGGAGCUUCAAGAGGAAGAAGCCAUGGCGACUCUAGGGCCCACAUUGAACCACAUGGGGGCCGAGGUGAUGGAGGUCCAAUCAUAAGGAUCUUCAAAUACAUCAAAGAGGCACGAGACUUGGGGUGCAAACCGUUCGAUGGAACGGGUGACAUCUUUAUUUUGAUUUGAACACUAAUAAAUUUGCUCAUGGAUAUUUUACUUUAGAGUCUGCGUGCUCAUGUUUG